AUGAGUCAGUAUCAACCCCUGCUUGGCAAAGUCGCUGUUGUCACCGGUUCAAGCCGUGGCAUCGGAGCAGCCAUCGCACUUAAGCUUGCGUCUUUUGGAGCCGACAUUGUGGUCAAUUAUGUCUCUUCGGAAGCUCCCGCCGAAGCUGUCGCCGCGGCUGCGCGAAAGCAGGGUGUGCGUGCAAUCUGUGUACGAGCGGAUGUUAGCAAGCGCGACGAGAUCGCCCAUCUAUUCCAGCAAGCGGUGUCCGAGCUUGGACAUAUUGACAUUGUCAUGAGCAACUCCGGCAUCGAGCACUUUGGGGAUCUUGAAGAAGUCAAAGAAGAGGAGAUUGACAAGGUUCUCGCUGUCAAUGUCAAGGCCCAGUUCUUCGUGGCGCAGGAGGCUCACAAGUACUUGAAAGAUGGAGGUCGUUUGAUACUAAUAUCGUCUAUCUCUGCAGUCUGGGGUGUCCCGCGUCACGCAUUGUACUCCGCGUCCAAGGCAGCCAUUACAGGCAUGGUGAAGUGCCUUGCGCACGACUUUGGGUCCCGGAAAAUCACCGUCAACUGCAUUGCACCCGGAGGAAUCAAGUCGGAUAUGUAUACAGAGGCUGCGAAGGAUUACUUUCCUGGAGGAGAGAAUCUGACUGCGGAAGAAAUUGACGAGAAAGUAGGUGCGAUGAGUCCAAUGAGACGGCCAGGGUUUCCGGACGAUAUUGCUGGCGUUGUAGCUUUGUUGGCGUCUCCGGAGUCUCAGUGGUUGACCGGUCAAACUUUCCACGUGAAUGGGGGGGCGCACAUGGCUACGUCUUGA